AUGGCCGUGCUCACAGUGGGCACCUACGCUCUGCUAGGUUUUAUCGCGGCUAUCUUUUUCAAUGUCGUCUAUCAGGUGCUUUUUCGCCUGCUGAACAAAUCCAGGCCCCCUUUAGUCUUCCAUUGGAUCCCAUUCCUGGGUAAUACUAUCAGCUAUGGAAUGGAUCCAUAUAAGUUUUUCUUUUCUUGCCAAAAGAAGCAUGGCGAUAUCUUCACGUUUGUCCUCCUGGGUCGUCACACUACCGUAUACCUGGGAAUCAAGGGAAACGAAUUCAUUCUCAAUGGCAAAUUAAAGGAUGUGAAUGCAGAGGAGGUGUAUUCCCCUUUAACAACUCCAGUCUUUGGGUCCGAUGUGGUCUACGAUUGUCCCAAUUCCAAGCUCAUGGAACAGAAGAAAUUCAUUAAAUACGGUCUCUCAUCAGCAGCACUAGAGGCUCAUGUUCCCUUGAUCGAGAAAGAAGUUUUAGAUUAUCUUGAUACUUCUCCCAACUUCCACGGAAAAUCCGGAGACGUAGAUAUUUCGAGCGCCAUGGCUGAAAUAACUAUUUUUACCGCCGGUAUUACCCUUCAGGGGGAAGAGGUACGCUCGAAACUUACGACCGAGUUUGCCGCUCUAUAUCAUGAUCUGGAUAAGGGUUUUACCCCUAUAAAUUUCAUGCUACCGUGGGCCCCUUUGCCACAUAAUAAGAAGCGGGAUGCUGCCCACUCUCGUAUGCGUGCCAUCUAUACCGAUAUUAUUGAAAAGCGACGUCGCGAAGGAGCCAAAUCCAACAAUACCCAGACGGACAUGAUUCACAAUUUGAUGCAAUGCACCUAUAAAAAUGGACAACCGCUACCGGAUAAGGAAAUUGCGCAUAUGAUGAUCACCCUCCUAAUGGCCGGUCAGCACUCCUCGUCUUCAAUCAGCUCCUGGAUUAUGCUUCGUCUAGCCUCUCAACCAGAUAUAGUGGAAGAACUUUACCGAGAGCAGCUAGCCAAUCUGCCACAUACCGGCCCCAAUGGCUGCCUAGCUCCCCUACAGUACAAAGACCUUGACAACCUUCCGCUACAUCAAAAUGUGAUCCGCGAAACCCUCCGCCUCAACUCAUCAAUCCAUUCGCUCAUGAGAAAGGUCAAGAACCCGAUGCCGGUUCCUGGUACCCCUUAUGUGGUACCAACAUCGCAUGUCUUACUCGCAUCUCCGGGAGUAACGGCCCAGAGUGAUGAGCAUUUCCCCAACGCGAUGAAGUGGGAUCCUUAUCGAUGGGACGCCCAAAAACCCAAGACUGAUGAAAAGGAGGAGGAUAUGGUUGAUUAUGGCUACGGUGUUAUGGCUAAGGGGUCUAAUAGCCCAUAUCUCCCAUUUGGGGCUGGCCGGCACCGAUGCAUUGGAGAAAAAUUCGCCUAUGUCAACCUAACGGUGAUAGUUGCUACGGUGCUUGGAGGGGAAGAAUGGCGUACCUGCUACAGACUACUCAUCACUGUUUUCUGGACCAAUGAAACCCGCGCGGAUUCGCUGGGAACGACGUCCUAA